AUGCAAAAGAAUCAGUUGUUUGCUAAGGCACGUAAAUGCUCUUUUGCUAUCCCUAAGGUUGAGUACCUUAGUCACCUCAUAUCUGCCAAAGGAGUGGAAACAGAUCCUAAUAAAAUUACUGCAGUCAGUUCUUGGCCUACUCCAUCUUCAGUAAGAGAAUUGAGGAGCUUCUUGGGGUUCGUUGGUUACUACAGGAAGUUUGUGAAGGGUUUUGCCUUGAUGUCUAAACCUUUAACAGAUUUGUUAAAGAAGGGAGCAUGGGGAUGGCAUGAUGAAGCUCAACAAGCCUUUGAGCAAUUGAAAACUGCUCUCAAUUCUGCACCUGUUCUAGCUAUUCUUAACUUCACUCAGCCUUUUGUAGUAGAAACUGAUGCAUCCAAGUUAGGUAUAGAUGCAGUCCUGAUGCAACAACAUCACCCUAUAGCUCUCUUGAGUAAAGCCUUAGGUCCAAAGUGUUAUGGACAUACCCAGGGAAAGGAUCCCACAUCGACCGUAUGGGAGGUUGGUGUGUGGUUUAUAUAG